AUGUUCAAAAACCACAACUUUCGUGACAGCUAAGGAUGCAACUGAUUGUUCUUCUUGCUAUUGCUGGGGCUACGUUGGCCGUCUCACCAGCGGGCUAUGAGGCUGCCGAAGUGGUGCAACCUGCACCACCUCCAAUCUCCGCUGACGAUGAAGAUCAGCAAGCAUAUAACAGCGAUGGUGCAGCUCAAGCUCCUCCUCCACCAGCACCAGCAGCUCCAGCAGUUCCAGCAGUUCCGCCACCAGCACCAGCACCAGCUGCUCCAUCAGUACCAGCAGACCAGGGAGCAGUUCCUCCACCUCCUGUACCAGUACCAGCAACUGGUGGUGACAUGGGGAAUGAGCAGCGGCGGAUACCGUCAUCGUCUCCAUCGUCUUCGUGCUCAUCGUCUCCACUAAUUGAAUAG